ACAACGAGUGCUUGCUCCCAUCAGCACACACACACCGGCCGGCCAGGCAGCAAAAACAGCUCUCCCUUUCCUUUCCUUUCCUUUCCUUUCCUCCCUCCCUCCCUUCCUUCUCCAGCAAGAGCUUUCUAGCAAGCUAGGGUUUACGCUACAGUACCUGUACCGAGCCGUCGAUCGAUCGCCGCUCUCCUUCCUGCUCUCGAGAGCUCCUUCUUCUUCCUUGGCCACGCCGCCGGCCGAAUUCCGGUGAGCGGCGUCAGGCGCGCUCGCUCGCUAAGCUAGCUUAGGGGCGCUGCGGCCGGCUAUCCGUCAGAUUCAGCCGAAGGGGGCCAUGGUGCAAGCUACUUGAGCUGAUCUGAGAGGGAGGAAGUGUGGACUCUUGGUCAUGCUUGUGUGAUCAUGAGCGCGGUGGCUGGCUCAAGAUGAUAAGCGGCAACCUCACAAAUGAAGAGCUGGCGGCCAGGUGCACCAAGGCCGAGGUCCCGGCCGCGGGCGCCGGCGCCAAGCAGAGUCCCGCCGUGCCGAGCUCGCGGCACUGGCCGCCGUCCACGGAGUCGAGGAUCGUGCGCGUGUCGCGGGUGUUCGGCGGCAAGGACCGGCACAGCAAGGUGAGGACCGUCAAGGGGCUGCGCGACCGGCGCGUGCGGCUGUCCGUGCCGACGGCGAUCCAGCUCUACGACCUCCAGGACCGGCUGGGCCUCAGCCAGCCGAGCAAGGUGGUGGACUGGCUGCUCGACGCCGCGCAGCACGAGAUCGACAAGCUGCCGCCGCUCCAGUUCCCGCCGCAAGCGCAGGACCUCGUCGCCCACCUGCCCCCCUCCAUGGUGGCGCCGUUCGCGAACGGCGCAGCCGACCGCGCCGCCGCCGCCGCCGCGAACGCGGCGACGGGCGCGUCCGCGGCCAUGGCCGACGUUGACAAGCGCCACUGCCACGGUGGCAUUAAAGGACUCAUGGGCCUCAACAAUUCAGUCGGCCUCGUCAAUGGCGCGAUGCCGCUGGCUCACGGCUUGUACUACACGCCCGGUGAACCUUGGGCAAAUGGCAAUGCCGUCCACGACCAGGUGGGCCAUGGCACUUCGCCUCAGACGGUGGGUCACCACUCGCCGUUCUCAUCGCUGCUGUCUCUGGCUCCGGGGCCUCAGCUCGUUUUCUACUCGCCGGAAGGUGGCGGCUUCGCCAUGAAAGAAGCCGCCGAUCAUCAGUUCCCAGUAGAUAACCUCGACCAUUCGCAAGGGCAGCUCUCACUGAGCUCAUCAGCAAGAAGCUUCCUUCACCCCGGCAGCCAGGGAUGAUUAGGUCACUGAUCUCUACUGCUCCAAGAAGGUACGUAGAACAAUAAUGCUUGUUGUGUAGUAGUAAUCAGGUACUUGGGCUGAAGGUUCGUUAAGCUUGUGGUUGCAGUUUUGAGAUGGUAUUCAAAUAGGGGGCUCCAGAACUACGUAGAGCUGCUAGCAUGCAUAGUAAUUAAGCCUUUUUUUUCAGGGCAUGCAAUGCAAUUCGUUGCUUCUUUUUUAUGCAAGGAAGUAACUGGUAUGGUGUGUGUUGGUUUUUGUAAUAACAAUUUGGUAAUAUUCGAAUUCGUUCUUACCUAGCUUUAUGUUCCGGUUAGGACUUUUGCUGCU